ACUUUUCGACUUCAGUUCCCUCAAAGGAUUGGGGUUCAAGUGUGUUAACAUGCGCGGUGGAGCUAUCGAGUUACUUUUACGUAACUGCCCUCUUCUCGAACAAUUGAUUCUCCGUUGGCCAGGAAGAAUAACAAAGAUCGAAGUUUGUGGCUCGUCGCUCGUGCUGAAACACUUGGAGAUAGUCAAUUGCACUGAUUUGGAAUCGCUCAAGAUUUCCGCCCCGAGGCUUGCGUCGCUUAGGGUUACGAGUUUGGCGGGGCUUUUGCUCGAGAACGUUCCGAUGCUAGUUCAUGUCACCGUCGGUUUUAACAGAGAGUGCGUUUCUAUGAAACGUGUGCUCUCGGUGUUUUCUUGCUGCGUUUCGCAAUUGGUGACGCUUAAAUUGGAGAUGCGGAUGUGUAACGUCGUAGACGAAACGGAGGAGCUUUGCCAGCUGGCUGAAAUGCCGAGAUUGAAGAAGUUGGUCGUUGAAUAUGAUAUGUGUGACGUCGGAAUUGUUGGCCAAGUCGCUUCUUGGAAAAGGGCAUUUUCGUACGUGCAUGAAUUUGUUUUGGUGGAUAAAUGGAAUGAACGUAGGAUGCGGCGUAAUGGAGCCAUGAAGCUCGUUAAUUAAAACGACGUAGAGAAAAUAAUACUUGAACUUACAUGUGGAGCAAUCUGCGAUAAUUGUCGCGUCGUUUGAAGGAAGUAUUGUUGUUUCUUUUUUCGGGUUUAUUUUUCGUUUUGAUGUUUUCCUUUUUUUUUUGUUUCUGGUAGAAGACAUUAAUCCAAGUACGGAUUUAAAUUGUGCGUCUGAUCUCGAAUAUUGGAUUUGGUACUCUGAAAACAUUCGAUUUGGGUUGAAACUUGAAUGAACUUUUCGAAUUCCGUAUAUUUCGAUCCAAGUAAAAUUGAUUUUAGCACAAUAUUUUUCUGUCUGAAUACUUAAUAUUUCGAUUUCCGAUUUUUCCAAAUUU